AUGGCGGCCACAACCACCUUCUCCUCCUCUUCCCUCUCUCUCCUCCCUAAACCAAACAAUCCUUCCACCACCACCAUUAAACCUCUCUCCCUCCUCCCAAAGCCCUUCCUUAAACCUUCCCCUCUCUCCCUCUCCUCUUCUCCUUCUCCUUCCCUCAUCCAUGGAAUCUCCAAUUACUUCUCCUCUGACUCCCCUCUCUCUCUAACCAAAGACCACUCUCCUCCCUCUCUCGAUCUCAACGACGAGAAGCCUCGAGAAGAGUGCGGCGUCGUCGGAAUCUACGGCGAUCCAGAAGCAUCCCGUCUCUGUUACCUAGCUCUCCACGCGCUCCAACACCGCGGCCAAGAAGGCGCAGGCAUCGUAACCGUAAGCAACGAGAAAGUCCUCCAGACGAUAACCGGAGUCGGUUUAGUCUCCGAGGUCUUCAACGAGUCCAAACUCGACCAAUUACCCGGCGAAUUCGCAAUCGGACACGUCCGCUACUCAACCGCCGGCGCCUCCAUGCUCAAAAACGUCCAGCCUUUCGUCGCCGGUUACCGAUUCGGGUCAAUCGGAGUCGCCCACAACGGUAAUUUAGUGAAUUACAAACAAUUACGAGCCAUGCUCGAAGAGAACGGUUCGAUUUUCAACACCAGCUCAGAUACAGAGGUGGUUCUUCAUUUGAUUGCGAUCUCGAAAGCUAGACCCUUUUUCAUGAGAAUCAUCGAUGCUUGCGAGCAGCUUCAAGGCGCUUACUCGAUGGUGUUUGUCACCGAGGAUAAGCUUGUCGCUGUUCGUGACCCGUUUGGGUUUAGGCCGUUGGUGAUGGGAAGGAGAAGUAACGGAGCUGUUGUGUUCGCGUCCGAGACUUGCGCGCUUGAUUUGAUCGAAGCGACUUACGAGAGAGAGGUUUAUCCUGGUGAGGUUUUGGUUGUGGACAAGGACGGUGUCAAGUCUCAGUGCUUGAUGACUCGUCAUGAGUCGUCGAAGCAAUGCAUUUUCGAACAUAUUUACUUCUCGUUGCCGAACUCGAUCGUGUUCGGUCGGUCCGUGUAUGAGUCUAGGCAUGUGUUCGGGGAGAUUUUAGCUACAGAGUCUCCUGUUGAGUGUGAUGUUGUCAUCGCUGUGCCUGACUCUGGUGUGGUUGCGGCUCUGGGGUAUGCUGCGAAGUCAGGUGUUGCGUUUCAGCAGGGUUUGAUUAGGUCUCAUUACGUAGGGAGGACGUUUAUUGAGCCGUCGCAGAAGAUUAGGGAUUUUGGAGUGAAGCUGAAGCUAUCUCCUGUUCGUGGGGUUUUGGAAGGGAAGAGAGUUGUUGUGGUGGAUGAUUCGAUCGUUAGAGGCACGACGUCGUCGAAGAUUGUGAGGUUGUUGAGAGAAGCAGGCGCGAAGGAGGUUCAUAUGAGGAUCGCGAGUCCUCCUAUUGUGGCGUCUUGUUACUAUGGAGUUGAUACGCCGAGCUCGGAGGAGUUGAUAUCUAAUAGGAUGAGUGUUGAGGAGAUCAAUGAUUUUAUUGGGAGCGAUUCGCUUGCGUUUUUGUCGUUUGAGACGUUGAGGAAGCAUUUGGGGGAAGAUUCGAAGAGCUUCUGCUAUGCUUGCUUCACUGGUGAUUAUCCUGUGAAGCCUGAAGAAGUUAAGGUGAAACGUGGAGGUGGAGAUUUCAUUGAUGAUGGUCUUGUUGGUAGCUUUGACAAUAUUGAAGCAGGUUGGGUUCGAUAG